GUUUCCACCAUGGCCUUGCUGGUUCGACCUCAUUCAUCUUCUUUCUGGGAUGGGAGACACAGAGCUGCUGCCACAGGGUCCUUCCUUCCCUUGACGUUUGACAUCGCGCGGCUCCUGCAGAACCAACACCUGGUUGCCUUUGAGGAAGUGGCAGUGUAUUUCACCAAAGGAGAAUGGGACCUUUUGGAUCGGGGCCAGAAGACCCUUUAUGAAGAGGUCAUGCUGGAGAACUAUGGGAACGUGUUGUCUCUCAAAUUCCCCAAACCAGACCUCAUCUCUCGCCUUGAAGACGGAGAAGAGCCCUUUGUCCGAAGCCCCAAAGAAGACAGAAAGGCACACAGAGAGAGAUACUGCUGAGUGCUUAGACCUCACCUGGGAAUCCAUGGACAUCCUGGAUGAUUCCUGUUUCUUUGGGAUAUUUUCUGGCACUGGAUGCGACCAUAACUUUGCGGCCCGUGAUGUUGCAGUUCCAGCAUUUCCAGCACAGCAUACAUAGCAGAGACCAGCAGGCACGACCUGUAUAAACAGAUUAACAGAGGCUAAAUGGUCAUCUGUUGGAGGUGCUUUGAUGGUGCUUCUCUUGCAUAGCAAAAUAGGGUUGGACUGGAUGUCUUUUAGGGGUCCCUUCCAACUCUACGAGGCCUGACCCAAGCAGAAUGAGUGGCAAUGUGCCUCCCCUUCACUGGGAGGCUAUACUUUUUAUUGUUCUUUUGCUUGUAAAGCUCCAUGUAAAGCAAUGGCACUAUAUAAAUCUAUAAUAUAGUACCAUCUCUAUAUCCAGAGAAACAAUACCUGCAGUUUCAUUUACAUACUUUCACCUUUGUUUGCAUAUGCAUAAUUAAUGAGGCAUAUUGCAAAUGGGACCCAAUUUCUCCUUCUAAUUUCUCUUUAAAGACCUUCCAAAGCAGUCCAUAUUCCACCAUGGAAUGGCUAUUACUGUCAAUAAUUUCUCCCUAAUGUUUAAAUGGAAGCUUUUUUCUUGUUUUGCUUGUCUCCCAUCCUCAAAAUGCUUUCGAACAGAUGAGUUUAAGAAUGUUAAAAUAUUUAUAUAUUUGUAUUAUUAUUAUUAUUAUAUUUAUUUAUACUUGUCUUACCUGAAGGAGACUCAAAGCAGCUUGACAUAAAAGCAUUAGCGUACGACUUAAGAUACUCAAAUAUGCAAACAUUAAAGCAUCAUUAAAUGUAAACAGUAUUAAAAAUUUUACAGUAAAAAAACAGAUUGGACUUCCCAUCUUAAAAGAUGUAGGAUGGAAAAUGUUGUCCUAUUCAACUUCCAUGUUUGUACAUAAAGUCAUCUUGCUGUAAUAUAAGUAUAUAAUGUAAUACAUUGACAUUCAUAUAUUUUAUCUUGAUUUGUUUGGAGAAAUAAAGCUGGAUCUAGCUAUAUUCUGAUUUUAAAUAUCUCUUGAUACUAUCCUAGGGCCCUUCCACACAACCCUAUAACCCAGAAUAUCAAGGCAGAAAACGCCACAAUAUAUGCUUUGAUCUGAGUUUUCUGAGUCCACACUGCCAUAUAUUCCAGUUCAAAGCAGAUUUUAUUCAGCUGUGUGGAAGGGGCCCUAGAUGCAUUUGGGAUGUAGCGAUCUUUAGAAAGCUCUGAAUGCUUUCGUUUACAUAUGCAAAGCUUACCUGACUCAGCUAUUUUAAUUUACAUGUCUAUAUCAUUGAUUAGUUUUUAAGAAAAUGUUUUUUGCAAUAUGUUGAAUUUCCCCUCUUUCUUUUUUUUAGAUAGACCUGUCCCCUAUGUUAGCAGAUAGAUCCAUUCAAAACUGCUAUUAUUGCAAAACAUCUUUGAAAAUAAAAUUUUAUUAUUAUUUGAUACACAA